CCUCGGCGCCUUUCCCGCUCGCCUCCCCCCCCCCUCCCGUCGAUGCAGCGGACGGAGAAGGUGCUCCAGCUGCGGGGCCAGCAGGGCCGCUCCGUGCGGGUGGUGCGCGAGCACUACCUGAGGCCGGACGUGCCUUGCGGCAGCGCCCUCUGCCAGGCGGCUUGUCCCCGAGAUGGGAAACUGUUGUCUGACGAUGUGACUCAUUACAUUGUACCAGACUGGAAGGUGGUUCAAGAUUACCUGGAAAUACUAGAAUUUCCUGAGCUGAAGGGUAUUGUUUUCAUGCAAACAGCGUGUCAAGCUAUGCAGCAUCAAAGAGGCCGCAGGCAGUAUAACAAGCUGCGAAAUCUACUGAGGGAUGCCCGUCAUGACUGCAUUAUGUUUUUCAACGAAUUCCAAAUGCUUUCUUAUUUGCCGAGAGAAAGAGGAGAGUCUCUGGAGAAGUGGCAGACAAGGAGUAUCUACAAUGCUUCGGUGUGGUAUUACAAUCACUUCUUGGGUCGGAUGCCUAUUGUGAUGGUGACGGACGAUGAAGAAUCUGUCCAACAACUGGGAAGUGAAACAGAAGGCGUCUUUGUAAUUUCAUUCAAGAAUUAUUUGGACAACUUUUGGCCUGAUUUAAAAGCUGCUCAUGAGCUCUUUGAUUCCAUACUUCAGUCUCGGCAUGAACGGGAGAGUGAAAGCCAAGAGCACAGUGGGAAAGAGUAUCCUGAACACGUCCCCACGGAGUCACUGGAAGCUGGGAUCAAAUCGGGAAGAUACAUACAGGGAGUCCUGAAUGUCAACAAGCAUCGAGCACAAGUGGAAGCUUUUGUGAGACUUCAAGGAGCCAGCCACAAAGAGAAAGAUCUAAGAACCGAUGUCCUGGUUUAUGGCACCAAAGCUCGGAACAGGGCGAUCCAUGGCGAUGUAGUGGCGGUAGAAUUGCUGCCUCAGAGUGAAUGGAAGGGACGGACAUCUGCCCUCUGUGAGAACGAAAGUGAAGAAAAGGCCUCGGGAGAGGUUUACAGUGAGCUUAUGCCUACAGGUAGAGUUGUUGGCAUCAUACAGAAGAACUGGCGCGAUUACGUGGUCACUUUUCCAUCCAGAGAAGAGAGCCAGUCUCAUGGCAAAAAUACACAGAAAAUACUUGUGACGCCUUGGGAUUACAGAAUUCCCAAGAUCAGGAUCAGUACACAGCAAGCAGAGGCUCUCCAGGACUUUCGGGUUGUUGUUCGUAUCGAUUCUUGGGAAUCGACAUCUGUGUAUCCAAAUGGACACUUUGUGAGGGUUUUAGGACGGAUCGGAGACCUCGAAGGAGAAAUUCAAACUAUCCUCGUGGAAAACAGCGUUUCUGUUGGUCCAUUCUCUGAAGCACAGAUGUGUGAGAUGCCAGUUGUGCUCCCAGAGAAGCCCUGGAAAGUGAGUCCAGAAGAGGAGCUGAAACGUCUUGAUCUCAGAGAGACACAUUUAGUGUUCAGCAUUGAUCCAAAAGGCUGUGAAGAUGUGGAUGAUGCGCUGUCCGUCAGGACUCUGCCCAAUGGAAACCUGGAACUAGGGGUCCACAUUGCAGAUGUGACUCAUUUUGUGACUGCAAAUUCUUACACUGAUAUUGAGGCACGGGCACGGGCCACCACUUACUACUUAGCUGACCGUCGCUAUGAUAUGUUACCCAUGAUCCUCAGUGCCAAUAUAUGCUCCCUUCUUGGCCUCGUUGACAGGUACGCUGUGAGUGUCAUGUGGGAGCUUGAUAAAACCUCCUAUGAAAUAAAAAAGGUUUGGUACACCAGAAGCAUUCUCCGCUCUUCUUACAAGCUCUUUUAUGAGGCAGCCCAGGCACUGCUAGAUGGAGACCCUGCAGCUGCAGCUGAAAUCCCAGAGCUCCAAGAAUUGGAUGAACGUGUAAGAAAACAAAAACUUGAUGAGCUAAUCUGGGCGAUAGGGAAGCUGACUGAUGUAGCCCGCCAUAUCCGAGCUAAGCGAGACAGCUGUGGUGCUCUGGAGUUAGAAGGAGUUGAGGUCAUGGUACAGCUGGAUGACAAGAAGAACAUAGCUGACCUCAUUCCUCGGCAGCCACUCGAGGUGCAUGAGACGAUAGCCGAGUGUAUGAUCCUUGCCAACCAUUGGGUGGCAAAGAAGAUCUGGGAGAGCUUCCCUUACCAAGCCCUCUUGCGCCAGCAUCCACCGCCGCGACAGGAGUUUUUUUCAGAACUUCGAGAAUGUGCGAGCUCAAAGGGUUUCACAAUAGAUACGCAAUCUAACAAGGCAUUGGCAGACUCCCUGGACAAAGCUGUUGACGCUGAUCCUCUUGUGAACAAGCUGCUGCGCUCUAUGGCCACCCAAGCAAUGUCCAACGCCCUGUACUUCUCAACUGGAUCUCAUCCUCAAGAAGAGUUCAGUCACUAUGGUCUCGCUCUGGAUAAAUAUACCCACUUCACUUCACCCAUUCGAAGAUACGCUGAUAUCAUAGUCCACAGACUGCUGUUGGCAGCCACUUCCAAAGAUGGCAAGACAAUCACCAAGAACUUAUUUGGCAACAAAGAACUUGAAGAGCUGUGUAAUCACAUCAACAACAGAAACAGGGCUGCCCAGCAUGCCCAGAAACAGUCAACAGAGCUUUUCCAGUGUAUGUACUUCAAAGACAAGGACCCUGAAAAAGACGAACACUGCACUGCUGAUGGGAUUAUCUAUUCAAUACGGACAAACGGGGUGCUCGUCUUUGUGCCCAGGUAUGGAAUUAAAGGAGCUGCCUAUCUGAAAAAUAAAGAAGGUUUGGUUAUCUGUUGCCAAAGUGACAAGAGCUGCAGUUGGAAACCAGGCUGUCUCCAGCGUUUUCCUGACAGGAUUAUCUCCAUUCCCACAACUGGAGAGUCUGUUACCCUGAAACUCUUUGACCACGUGACAGUUCAGGUAUCUGUACAGAAUUCUCGGUGUCACGCUGCCACCAUCCGGCUUCAAAUAACAAGUUGCAAGCCUCACAGGACAUCAGAACAGGAACCAGCACAGAGUCAUCCCAUCUCUAAAAUGGAUUUGGUAAAGGAAGUAACAAAGACUGCCGAAGAAGCUCAGCUUGCGCAAGACAAGGCCAAAGCAAACACAUUGGAGGAAGAAUAUGAACCGUAUCGCCAAACAAAGGGUGUGAGCCUGUACCAUUUACUGGAGGAAAUAAAAGAUUUGGCUUUAUUGGAUGUAUCUGCAGAUAGUGGAGCAUAAAUCUCAGUCCACAGCUGUUUUGUAGGACUCUCCAGUUGGCUUUUUGGUUUACAGACUGUGUGUAUGUGGACUUUCUUUAAAACAUUUUAGUAGACUCUGCUUAACGGGGGCCACAAUUACUCAUUUUAUCUACUGAUAGGGACAUGGUUUUAAGAUUCUUUUUAAACAGUUAAUUGUAACUGUAUUCUGGAAAUUGACUACAAGAAUUGUAAAUAUCUUAAAGUAACUCAGGGAACUGUUUCAGCCAUUGAUGGUGGUCAUUCUGUUGGCUUAAGUCAUUCUUAAAAAUUUUCUCCACACCAGACUGUAUCUGUGUCUGUUUUACUGAACUUAAAUACGAAUUAUAUCAGCUUACUUUAUAUCCAACAUGUAGUAUUCAAAUUGCUUUCCAUUUCCUAGACAAAUUGUUUGGAGGCAUUAUAAAUAGACUGCAAAAAAUAUACAAAAGACCUGUCUAAACUACUUGAGGAAUCACUUUAAAAUGAA